AUGUCCUUCGAAUUAUUGAGGACUGCAUUAGGUCGUCAUAGCGAUUUGUUGAAUGUUGCAAAUGUCGAUGGAUUCAUCCCGUUGAUGGAAAAAAGCAUUGCAUCUGAAAGUGAAACUGUUUUAUUACCUCUUUACAGAGUGCUUGAUUUGAUCAUCAAGUUGCCUUUUGCUGAAACAAGAGAUGCCUUUUUUGAACGGACUGCAAUGGAGGCAUUUACUAUUAUUCAAAAUUCACCUACAACCACUACAGAUCUUUGUCAGAUUUGCUUACGGUACUUAGCUUCUGUUGUUAGACACAAGCAAUCGGUACGUUUGAACAACUCAGCAUUCUCAUAUCUUUUGACCCGUAUCCUGCCUGACCUCGAAGAGCCUGAUAAACAGGGUUUGGCGUUUAAUUUCUUGAAAGCUGUUGUGUCUCAGCAUGUAAUGCUUCCUGAAGUUUACGAUGUCAUGGACAAAGUUUCGUCCAUUAUGGUCGUAAAUCAUGCCAAGGAAAUUCGUGAUAUGUCCAGAAGUAUCUAUUUCCUGUUUUUGAUGGAGUACGAGCAAGGAACGAAGAAGUUGGAUAAGGCGUUCAAGUUCUUGGUUACUAACUUGUCGUACCCUACACAAGAAGGUCGCCAAUCUGUUAUGGAAUUGAUGCACUCCUUGACGUUAAGAUCAUCGGAAACUCUUUUCUCGCAGUUGGCAUCCAGUUUCUUUGUCGGUUUAGCUAAUGUUAUUGUCUCCGAUGACUCUCCAAAAUGCCGUGAAAUGGCUACGGCAUUGGUGAAGCAAAUCUUUGUGAAAUUGGGCAGCGACAAAUGUCAUGAUUUGGAAAAGUUUUGUGACUCCUGGAUCACGCAAGAGGUCAACUUGCUCCUUCAACGCUGCGGUUUGUUGGUUUACAAAAUUUACUUGACAGUUUUUGGAUAUGGACAAAACCCAGAUCUUGAUCUGCAUGCACUUAAUGCUAUUUCAGCAAUAAUCAAGAAGUCCAAGUGUACCUCUAAUGAUGAUGAUAUUGAAUGGGAAGAUGUGUACAGCUCGCUUAACGUUUUUUCGAGCGUUUGCAGCACUUUGAAAGAGAAUGUCUUCGGUGCAUCCUUCGAGGAUAUUUGGAAAGAUGUGUUAGACACUUUGCUUUAUCCUCACACGUGGGUCAGACUUAUCAGUGCAAAAUUGGUAGGUUUGCUCUUGAAUCACCUUGAUAGCGUCAAGUUCGACAUAUCUGAUUACGAAAUCCAGACUAUCGCUUACAGGACCUUACGGCAAUUUGGUGCUCCAGUUGUUUCUGAAGCACUUGGAACCCAAAUUGUUAAGAAUUUGAUCCAGAUCAUAAAGAAAUGGGAAGCGGAAGAGACGCCGUUCUAUUACAAAGAGGAUGAUGCAGAAGAGGUAGAAGACGAUGACUUUGAAGCUGAUGGUGACAUUGGCGCCAAAAUCAGUGGAAGCAACAAAUUCAAUAAGGCCACUGAUUUUGUAGUUUAUCGCGUGUGCUCCAUCAUGCGACAAGAUACCAAAAACCAUAAUGAAGCUACAAAGAUUUGUUCUAUUCAAUUGGCAGCGAUGAUUUGUCAAAUUGUCAAUGACGAAAGACUUACAGAAAUCUCUAAACAAAUUCUUCUUGGCUUGUACCAUUUGAUUGAUCCCCUUGUCGAUUAUGAUUAUCCAGAAGAAGUGGUGGCAGCUGCCAAAGAGUGUUUGAAAAUUCUCGAGGACAGACUUGGUGUGACAAAGUACACUGAAACGUUUUCUGCUGUUAAAAGAAUAAUUGAUGAGAGAAGAGAGAAAAGACGUUCUAAACGGGCGCAGUUGACAUUCAGUGCACCAGAUAUUGCAGCUAGAAGAAAAAUGAGAAAGCAUGAGAGGUUUAGAGAAAAGAGAAAGCAUGAGAAAGACGAAAAUGGUUUUUACAAGCCAAAAAGAAAAAGAACCUUGCGUUAA